AUGGCCAACACCGACGGCGCCCUCAGCGCCUCCACCAUGCCGGCUCUCGGCGCCUCCACCACACCGGCCCUCAGCGCCUCCACCCUGCCGGCCCUCGCUGUCUCCACCAUGCCGGCUCUCGGCGUCUCCACCCUGCCCGCCCUCGACUCGGCCGUUGUGCCCGCGGCUUCCUCCUCGGCGAUCAACGUCGCCAGCGUGCGCACCCACGUGCCCGUCACGUUGGAUCUCAAGACCUCCAACUUCACCAAGUGGCGGAUGCUGAUUCGCGUGCUCCUUGGUAAGUAUGACCUGCUUGCCCACGUCAAUACCUUCACCCCCGUGGCUGCCCGCACCGCAGAGUGGACUCGCGCCGACUACAUCGUCCGCUCAUGGCUGUACGGCUCCAUCUCGGACGAGAUCCUUGACAUCAUCAUGGCCGAGGACCAGACGGCGCAGGAGGCUUGGGCGCUCAUCACCAACCUCUUCCUCGACAACCAGAUGACUCGGGCUGUCUACCUCGAGGCAGAGUUCCGCGCCGUCGUGCAAGGAGACCUCUCCAUCACCGCCUACUGCCACCGCCUCAAGUCCCUCUCCGACGCCCUCCGCGACGUCGGCACUCCCGUCACGGACCAGGCCCUCGUCCUCAACUGCCUCCGCGGCCUCAACCCGCGCUUCGCCGACAUCACCACCAUCGUCACCAUGCAGAGUCCUCUGCCAACCUUCGCGCAGACCCGCUCCCUUCUGGCGCUGCGCGAGACGCAGCUCACCAACUCUGUGCAGACGGGCGCCAACACCGCCCUCUACGGCGCCGGGUCCUCUGGCAACCGCGGUGGUGACCGCGGCGACGGCAACCGCGGCGAUGCCAACCGCGGCGACGGCAACCGCAACGAUGGCGGUGGCAACCGCAACGGUGGCGGCGGCGGCUAUUAUCGUCGCAAGAAGAAGAACGGCGGGGGCAACGGCGGCGGGGGCAACGGCGAUCGCCCCGAUCCUCGCGGCAGCGCCCCCACCGUUGGGCCCUGGGUGUGCUUCAACCCGUACAUGGGUCAGGCCCAGCAGAUCCAGGCGGGACCUCCUCCUGCUCGCCCCGCCACUGGCGCUGGCCUCCUUGGUCCGCGCCCCGCCAUGAUGCCGCCGGCGUAG